AUGGAUCUCUAUUCCGAGCUACCCCCAGAUCACCUCUGGGUUCACGCCUUCCCGGAAGGAACCGCUUCUCUGAGCCCCCGCUUUUGGGGGGCGGGAGACGCUAUGCCAGACCAGAUAGGGCGCCUCAAAUCUUCGAAAAAGAACACGAAGAGGGAUUGUGGAAAGGCCUGUAGAUGUGCUGUGCCCCUUUUGUUUGGGGAGAAAUUCCUCAAAGCCCGGUCUGGAUAA